UUUUCUUUGAACUCUGACCCUUGAGUUUGUGCCUGUUAGGCUUGCCGAGGAGUAAUAAAAAUGAAAGUAUUUUUGCUGAUGACUGGCUUGUCAAGGCUUUAUUUGCCAAUGUAACAACAGCUACCCCUCCUAUUUGACAGUAUUCGUGGAGAGUAGUGUGCCGGAUAACUCCGCGACGGCUUUAUUAGUGUGCUCUUUGGUGUCACCGGCUUGUGUUUUGCUACUUUGCUAACCAGUUAGCUGCUACGUGCUGUCGUCGCUGAUAAUGCUAACUCAAACACAUCCCUUUUCAAGUUCGAAGGACAUCCGCAUUUACAUCGCGUAAAUCUGAUAACCACGUUGUUGAAAAUUGUGGUUCUCACAUUUAGCGAUGUGCGCACUGCAAAUUAUUUAUUGUAGUGCAACAAGCAGCUCGCAAGAACGUCUUAUUUGGAGACUUGUUAACCUGAGCUAGCCGAGGUUUUUUAUCACUCAUUGCGUCCGUUAAGCCGAGUGGAAAGUUUUGCUCAAGUUCAUUGGGAAAUAAUUUCGUACGCAGAAGAAGGCAACAUCGCACGCGGUUUUAGGACGCGUCAGAGUUUAGAUUAAUUAUGGCUAAUGUCACGGAUCUGCAGACCAAAUACAGCAGGUUGGCACAGGAGUACUCCAAGCUGCGUGCCCAGAACCAGGUGCUGAAGAAGGCAGUUGUUGAUGAGCAGGCCAACUCUGCAUCGCUCAAAGAGCAACUGAAACAGAAGGAUCAGAGCCUUAGGAAGCAGGAGCAGGAGAUGGACAGCCUCAGCUUUCGAAACCAGCAGCUGGCGAAGAGGGUGGAGCUUCUUCAAGAGGAGCUGGCUGCUAGUGAAGCAAAGGGCAAAAGGGGAAAGAAUAAAGGAGAUUCUCCUUCACACCAUGGUGUGCAGACACAAAGUGUUUUUGACGAGGACCUGCAGAAAAAGAUUGAAGAAAAUGAGAGGCUUCACAUUCAGUUUUACGAGGCAGACGAGCAGCAUAAGAGACAGGAGGCUGAGAUGAAGACACGUCUAGAGGAGUUGGAGCGAGAAUCUCAACACCACCAGACUGUCGUGGAUGGACUUACUACAAAGUACACAGAAACCAUUGAGAGGCUGCAGAGUGACAAGGCGCGACUGGAGGUUAAAACACAGACUCUGGAGAGGGAGGGAAAAGAUUGCAGGUUGAGAACAGAGGAGUGUCAGCAGCAGUUAAGACGAUGCCAGUCAGAACUGAACAGACAACUGAAACAAAGCAGCAGCGUCAUCCAGGAGAAAGUGCCCUUCAACGACACCAAAUUUAGUGACUACAACAGUCUAAAUGUGCCGGCACACAAUCGAAGACAUCAGCUCAAAGCCCGGGAUGUGGCAGGUCAAGCCUUGAGCUUCAUUCAGGACCUGGUAGCUGGUCUGCUGAAUUUCCAUUCUUACACUGAGCAGAGAGUCCACAUUUAUCCACUGGACUCUUCUAUUGAGUUCAUUUCCCCUUUGAAUCAGAAGUUCUCUCAGUAUCUGCAUGAGAAUGCAGUGUAUGUCCGCCCCCUGGAGGACAGUUUUCUUCAGUUACACCAAAGUAUCACAGAGGACACGGUCACAGUUCUGGAGACUGUGGACAAGCUGAAGAACUUCAGUGACAUUUUCUCCACAUAUACCCGCUUCCUACAAAAGCUUCUCCCUUAUCAACUAAAAAGCCUAGAGGAGGAGUGCCAGACACCACUUUGCACUGCUACCCUUACAGUAAAGAACCAGGAACUACAGAAUGAUGUGAAGAGAGUGACUUUAGUGUUUGACAAGAUACAGAACUACAUUAACCUGUUGACCUUUCCCAGCGUUCGUCAGGAUGGAAUGCCACAAAGUAGCACCUCUGCCGUCUUCACCCAACUGGCGGCUUGCCUGCAUAGUCUUCAUGAUGUUGUUAAAGAAAUGUCCAAGCACUACAACCAGAAGGCCAGCUUAGAGCAGGAGCUCCCCACCGCCACACAGAAACUCUUCACCACUACAGAAUGUCUGCUGGGCUCCCUCGGCUCACUGACCAACAGCACAGGCAAGCUUGCCACAUUCUUCAGCAACAACUUGGAUUUCUUCACGUCAUCGGGCUACAGUCCCAGAGGAAACACAGAAGCCUUUAACCCUAUACAAGCUGAGAUAAUGCUUUCCAACAAAAAGAAAGCAGCUGCUUACAUUAAUGCGCUCAAAAAGCCCCGGCCACAGUCCGUUCCAUACAGGGAAGCGCUGUCUAAUCGCCGGAUACUCACGAGCUCCACUGAGAGUAGAGAAGGUCUCACUCAACAGGUGCAGCAGGGUCAGGAAAAGAUUGCACGUCUUGAGCAGGAAAAAGAGCACUGGCUUCUGGAAGCUCAGCUCGGGAAAGUGCGGCUUGAAAAGGAGAACCAGCGUAUUUCAGACCUGGAAGCGCAGCUCGCUAUGGCUCUUGGGGAAGGUCAGAUCUCGCAGACGUCUGCAGUCAGCUCGGUGACACAGAAGCAUGAGGAAGUGAAGACGGCUCAGAAAACUGCUGCAAAAGAAACUAUGUGCACCAGCCUGGUUGGCAUGUUGUGCACCGUGCCCUUAGCUGAGCAUGUGGGAGACGAGGAGUCCAGGGAGCAGCUGAUAAAAACUCACUACAUGACCAGAGUGGGAGAACUCACCACUCAGCUCCAGGUGUCAGACAGCAAAGCAGUGCACUUCCACUCUGAGUGUCGCGCUUUGGCCAAAAGAUUAGCCAUUGCAGAGAAAUCACGUGAAACGGUUGUCGAGGAGAUGAAACGCGCCAAUGGAAACAUCACGCACCUGCAGGAUGAAUUGAGCACGACCAAGAGGAGCUAUGAGGAUCAGCUGAGCAUGAUGAGUGACCAUUUGUGUAGUAUGAACGAGACGUUAAGCAAACAGAGAGAGGAGAUCGACACACUUAAACUGGGCAGCAAGACAAAUGCCAAGAAGAACAAAGGCCGCUAGCGGUUCCCUUCCCAAAAGUAAUGGCAACAUGAGAGCAUUUUGAAGAGACUAUGGAGCCUCCCAAAAAACAGCCCCUCUCAAUACACACCCACACUGUGGCAUCCUGGUACUAAGACCACCAUGUACCCAAUACCAGAUCACAAGCAAAGCUUCAGAGGCCUUUUCUUUCCUCCAGACACAGCACCACAUAUUUUGUGCUGGAAGCUGUUUGACCUUUUUGGCCAGAGCAGAAUAGGGCCUUCCAAGUGGAACACAGGAAAUGAAUAAAUUUGCUGACAUGAAGACCAAACCCUGUUAAUCAAUCAGCCUUUCUGUUUUUCCUGGUUGUGUGUAUGUGUGGGAAAACAAUACUGUUUUUGCUGCGUAUUGAACACAAAAUGUGAGUGCGGCUCUUUUUACAUGCACAUAUUGUUUCAUGCCUUUAUGAUAAUAACCCUUCUAACACUGCAUAUGCUAAGAAGGGCUUCCAACGAUCAACCAACAAAUUAACACUUGAAUCCAUACCUUAUUCUGGAGAGUCCUUGCAGAAGUCUGUCAAGAACCUCUGACUGAUAAACUGUUUACAUGGAAGAAAUGGACAACUAGUAGCUUGUAAAGCGUCCCGUAUGAGGGUGUGAUCAUCUUACCUUACAACAGUAGUUAACUUUGUUUUUUUUUGGUGGAUAUAACCUCCUGUUGGGAUGUUGCAGCCUCAAAAUGUAUCUUGCAAUUAUUGUAAGCAUACAUUUAUUAAAUGCAUUGAAAUAGUAAUUGUAUGUUUCAAUCUUAAAAAUGCACAUAAACGGAAUAUAACAUGUAUUCAUUACUGAACGUGCAAAUGUUUCACAAAAUAUGAAGUCUCUACUUGUUUUAGGUGUGUCUCAAAGUUUGUAUUAUGGGAUGCGUCGUUGCUUGGACUCAAAUUGUUGCUUUGACAAGCUGGUUCAUGCUGCGUGCAUUUGUGCAGCUGCACUUUCAGUUCUGGCUUGUUGUGACAUGAUGAGGUAAGGCACAGUAGCCUCUCAGUGGUUGCUUGCUGGUCUUCACUUGGGUCACAAGGAUUUGCUAACUGUUUUCACACGAUGGAAAGUACUGUACUUGUAUCCUCACAGUGUAACCUUCUCAAAAGCCCACAAUGUGUGUGCGAAUCAGAAUAAAGAGGAUUUUGUCAUUAGAA